AUUUGUCAUGCAAAUUGAAAUAGCGGAUUCGAAAUGGGCAAAUUGAAUAGUAGAGUCUGUAGAGCCGAUAUAUAUAUAGAUGAGUGAUGAAAAUUGUUGGUAACCGCGGGACCAGUGGAGGAUUAGGUAACCUCAUGAAACGUGCUUCAGCUACCCUUCCAUCGUCAACGGCCCCUUCUUCCAAGUGUAUACUGGAUUUGAGAUCAAAGCACACGCUACGGCUACAUUGACAGUGCACCAACAACGAUGGGAGAUUCUGACCACGUGUACUCUCUGGACGAAGCACUUGCUAUGGUUGGCUUUGGUAAAUACCAAGGUCUGAUGCUAGCUUAUGGGGGACUUGGUUAUAUCGCUGAUGCAAUGGAGAUUAUGAUUCUCUCAUUUAUUGGAACAGCAGUUGAAUCUGAGUGGCAUCUGUCUCCUGGUGAGCAGAGCUUGAUAUCAACUGUGGUCUUUGCAGGGAUGUUGGUUGGAUCAUAUUUUUGUGGUGUCAUAUCAGAUGCUUAUGGACGAAAGACGGGAAUCCUUGGUCUUGCCACUAUUACAUCUGUUGCUGGGCUAUUAAGUGCUUUUUCACCAAAUUAUGUGACAUUACUCACACUUCGUUGCAUGGCUGGAGUCGGUCUUGGGGGUAUGCAUACCUUCACCACAUGGUUUUUGGAAUUCAUCCCAGUACCAAACAGAGGUGUCUGGAUGAUUGUCUUUUCAAGUUUCUGGACAAUUGGAACAAUAUUCGAGGCUGGCCUUGCAUGGACUGUCAUGCCUAAUUUUGGCUGGAGGUGGUUACUCGCAAUAUCUUCUGUACCUUGCUUCAUCGUACUUCUAUUGUACAGUUUGGUACCAGAAUCUCCAAGGUAUUUAUGCAUGAAAGGAAAAUUCAAAGAGGCUCAUCAUAUUCUGGAAAAGGCAGCACACUUUAAUGGGACAACGCUCCAAAAGGGUACACUUGUUCUUGAUCACAUCAAGGAUGAUAAUGAGUUUGCAGCACCAGAAGAUGCCCCUUUACUGUGCCCAAGAGUGGAUGAAGCAGACAACUACAAAGGCAGUCCUUCUCCCUCAUCAUUUUCUCUACUUUUUUCUCCAAAAUUAUUUAGAACUACUUUUGCUCUAUGGUUUCUGUAUUUUGGGAAUACUUUCUCAUACUAUGGAGUUAUACUGCUGACAUCUGAACUGAGCAGUGGUGGAAGUAAGUGUACCCUAACCACGUUGCAUUCAGAGCAAAGCCAAAACUCAAGCCUUUAUCUCGAUGUUUUUGUUACCAGUUUGGCAGAGGUUCCCGGCCUGAUCGUAGCAGCCUUCAUUGUGGACAGAGUUGGUCGCAAGCUUUGCAUGAUAAUCAUGUUCGUGGUAGCUUCAGUUCUACUUAUUCCGCUAUUAACUCAACAGAAUGAGGCUACUACCACAGCUCUGUUGUUUGGAACUCGCGCAUUAGUUUCCGCAACAUUCAUAGUUGCCUGUAUUUACGCCCCAGAGGUAUAUCCGACUAGCAUAAGGGGAACUGCUGUUGGACUAACAACUGCUAUUGGGAGAAUUGGAGGCAUGAUAUGCCCUCUCGUAGCAGUAGCGCUGGUUGCUAAUUGUCAGCAGACGUAUGCAGUGAUUCUUUUCCAGGUAGUGAUUCUUGGCUGUGCUCUCAGCGUCGUGCUCUCCCCGUUCGAGACCAAGGGGAAGAACCUGGUCGACGUUCUUUAGAUUGCUUAGAUCAUAUAUGUUCAUGUGAUAAUUGUUACACAUUUUAGUUAAAGGUCUUGUAGUUCAUUCUGCAGCAUGCGUAAGUAAAUAAAACUGCUGAGCUUUAUUUAUACUUAUGGCUAGCUCUUGUAGUUAUUUUUGGAAAAAAAUCCAUCAUUACCAUUUA